CUUGAGUGAACUGCACGCACUCUCUUCCGUCAUUACGUUAGUGUGUGUGUUGUCUGUGGUUUCCUAGGCUCUCGUGAAUCGUACAGAGAGAGUCCUUGCGUAACACAAACCUAAUGACGCCAUGACCUCGUCGACAAUCCGGUAUAUUUUCCUCCUCGGUUGUAUAUCAUUUGGCGAUUCGAAAAGGGCAUUGAACCGUUGCAGUGAUGUUUGAGUUUCAACUUACGUGAACGGAUCAAUUUUUUUUUUUUUUUCAAUUUUUCUUCUUAGCGGCGCGAUGUCCUCGUCUGCUUCGUAGAUAAUCUUAAGUCUUAUCAGGAAGCGAGGAUAAUAAGAUGAGGUUUACAAGACAGAGAGGGUUGUGGGUGGUGUUGGCAGCGGGUGGGUGGGUCUGCUUCCUCCUGCUGUACUUGGUCUACCAGACGCAAACACCCAAUAAUCUGGAUCGGUUCGGCUAUGGGGACGACCCAUCGACCUCCUACUUGAACCUGAAGGAGCACCAGCCGCCCUCGAAUGCAGUUAUGCUCCUCGAGGGUUACAACAACACUCGCUUGACUUUGCGCAUGUACUGUGCCUUGGAGUCAGCCGCCCGCGCCCACUACCCCACGCCCGUCGUCUUGUUCAUGACAGCGAAGAAACUCAGGGAGACACGCCUCCUAGAAAGUCUAAGAAAGGAUCUCAGCAACAUUCAGAUAGUACACCUGGAUGUCAAAAAAAUAUUUGAUAAGUCCCCCCUCAGUGACUGGUUUGCUCAAAGAAGAUGGGAAGAGAGCGACUGGCCACUGUCACACUUCAAUGACGCAAUAAGAUGGCUGUUACUAUGGUUUUAUGGAGGCGUUUAUCUCGACUUGGACGUGGUUGUGAAGCGCCCCCUUACUCAGCUGCCCAACUGCACGGGCCUCGAAUCGGGUCAGUGGGCGUCUGCUGGAGUGCUCAAGUUCACGCCCGCCCACCCUCUCAUAAGGGAGUGUUUGGACCACUUCGCCGCCCACUUCGACGGGAAGGUGUGGGGCGCCAACGGACCCAAACUACUGACGAGAGUUCUCACGAAAAGAUGCGGGCUGGAGCUUCCUUCAGGCAGAGUUCCGUUUUGCUCGGAUGUCAGUGUGUUAUCUCCCCGGGCCUUCUACCCCCUGCCGUGGUGGGACUGGCAGCGCUACAUGCAGGACGACGCCCUCCUGAGCGACCUCCUCCUGCAGGACCCAGACGUGUACGUUCUCCACAUGUGGAAUCUGCACUCCCGCCAGGUGCCCGUGAGACUGCACUCCCAACAGCCGUACGCCCGCGCCGCCCGCCGCCUCUGCCCGCUGACUGCCGCCCAUUCCGGCCCGGAGAUGUGAAGAGGGAAGAGGAGGACGGGAGGAUAAUGAACGUUUAGAAUAAGAAGACGUAGGGGUUGAUGAUGGAGAGGAUGAAGGUUUAAGUGGAGGUGAUGAGGAAAAUGGAAGAUGGAGGAUCAUAAAACAACGACACUUGCGAAAAUUAUUGCACCAACAACAACAAGAAGAACAUAAUAUAUUGAUAUAUUA